GCUGUGGCCGGCCGGAAGUGACGGGCCGUUGUUCACCUGCUGGGAGCGUCCGUUGGGAGCCGCCGUGUUGUGAGGAGGACGCCGAGGCGCUACCGCCGCUGCCCCGCCAUGGAGCUGCCGCCGCUGGCCGCGCUGCUGGGGAGCCUCCUGCUGUGCUGCGCAGGUCUAACAAAAGGCCUAAACAUAACGUCAACUAACCAGCCUAUGGUUGAAAAAGCGCAAGGAGAGAAAGUUACAUUGCCAUGUACAUUCACUGUCGCACAAGAAGAUCAAGGCCCACUAGAUAUUGAAUGGGUCUUAAUACCAACAGAUAAUCAAAAGAAGGAACAAACAAUUAUUAUGUACUCUGUAGACAGGAUUUAUAAUAAUUACUAUGAAGCUAUGAAUGGACGGGUACAGUUCACUAAUCCUGAUCCCAGAUCUGGUGAUGGCUCCAUAGAUAUCCUGAAUCUAAAGUCAGCAGACACAGGCACAUACCAGUGCAGAGUGAAGAAAGCUCCGGGAGUUGAAAGCCAAAAAAUACAGUUGACUGUGCUUGUAAAGCCAACAAUGACUAAAUGCUACAUUGAAGGAUCACAGGAAACUGGAAGAGACCUUACCCUGAAAUGUGUAUCACAGGAAGGUUCCCUACUCUUGUCCUACAACUGGAGGAAAAUAACUGGCACAGAGGAACUUCCGGCGACAUCGUUAUUAAAUAAAGACACAGGUGAACUGUCUCUGAAAAAUGUCUCUGAGGAGUACUCUGGUACAUACAGUUGUGUGGCUGCAAACAGAAUUGGCACUGAUGACUGUUUCGUUGUGCUAAAUGUCACUCCCCCUAUAAAUACAGCUGGCACAAUUGCUGGAGCAGUUAUUGGAACUCUUCUGGGUCUCUUUUUAUUGGCCUUUCUUGUCUUCUGUUGCUGUAAGAAACGUAAAGAGAAAAAAUAUGAAAAAGAAGUGCAUCAUGAGAUUAGGAUUCUGAAAGUGGCAGCAAUCGUUCCUCUCUGGGUUCAAUGUCUCCCUCCAAUAUGGAAGGAUAUGCCAAGACUCCAUAUAAUCAAGUACCAAGUGAAGACUUUGAACGUUCUCCUGGUCAAAACCCAAACUUUCCACCGUCAAAGUAUGACCUCGCAUACAAGAUUCAUGAUAUCACAGUGGUAUAAACAUGAAGAAACAGGCUGCACUUGUCCCAUGAAUUUCAACUGUGGAGAAACUGAAGUAUAUUAUGAAAUGAAGUACUGUUUGUUUCGUCUAUACCUAUUUUCACUUUAGAGUCAAGAUUACAUACUAGACUCUGCUCAGUU